AUGGUAUGCAAGUUUCAAGCUCUGUCAUCCAUUAAGGAUAUACUUGUGCAUCAUGUGAUCCUAGAUCCUACGAGUGGUUCUGGUUUUGAUACUCAAACCACAAGAUCAAAUCUGUCUUCAAUACCAUUUCCUCUAUCAGAGAGUCUCAAUUCAUCUUUCAAUAGUAGUCAGUUUCAGGCUAUUUGUGCUGCAAUUGGCACAUCCAAUCUCUCCCUUGUUCAAGGUCCUCCAGGUGCGGAGGAGACUUAUACUAUUGUUGUUCUGGAUGAGGAUGCAAUUAUCAUUGAUGAAGCAGAUCAAGCAUUUAACAUUGAUCCCUCUGCAGUUGUUAGGAAACCAAAAAUAGCUACCAACGUAGCAUUUUUGAACGCUUGCAUAUGGUUGCAUUCCUUAUGUUAA